AUUUCAUGAAAUAGGAUACUACGACUUGCCAGCUACCAUUGAUUACAUACUUAACAUUACUGGAAAAGAAAAAUUGCAUUUCAUCGGUCACUCGCAAGGGACAACUACAUUCUUUGUCAUGGUGGCUGAGAAACCUGAAUAUAAUAAUAAAAUUAAUAUUAUGGUUGGCUUAGCGCCCUCCGUCCUUUUGUCCCACAUUAGAGAGCCGACUAUUCGAGUUAUAGCGCCAGCAUAUAAAUACUUACAAUCACUUGCUGAAUCUUUAGGAAUAUACGAGAUUAUACCCAAGUACCUACUUUCGAACGAGAUAAUGCAGCACAUCAGCACAACCUUGUGCGAAGAGCAAUCAAUUACAAGAGUUCUGUGUUCAAAUGCGUUAGUGGCAAUGUCCGGUUAUACACCGGAUCAACUGGAACCAUCUGCWACUGCCAUGAUAGCAAGUACUGGUCCUGCUGGAGCGUCAAUUUAUCAGGCUUCGCAUUUUGCUCAAUUAGUAGUAACAGGGAAAUUUGCGAGGUACGACUGGGGUGCAAAAGAAAACAAGGAAAGAUAUAAUUCCUCUAUAGCAUCAGAAUAUAAUUUUAAUAACAUGGCGUGUCCAAUUGCAUUGUUUUAUGGUGAGGCUGAUAUUAUGGCAACCAUAGAGGAUGUUGUUCUAUUAGCAAACCGCCUGCCAAGUCUAGUUGGUCACACAUGGACUUUUUGUGGGCCAAAGACAGAAGCAGAUACAUGAACAAGCAUCUACUCAGAGUAUUGAAUACAUUUAUUGACUAGUCAUAAAAUUUAUUGUGAUUGUAUGAAUCGAAAGAAUUUAUAGCAAAAAAAACGUUUCACAAUAAAUAUUCAGCGUGCUUUAUUCAA